CAUCCAUGCUACUACCACCAUCCACAGACUGUCACUUUUCUAUUAAUAUUAAUAUUAUACCAUGUUGGUACUUCCUCCAUGAUUCACCAAAAACAGUUGUCCUUUUGAUAAUGCACUGAACUGUUACUUCAGAUUGACCAAAUAUGAAUUCAUCUCUCAUAGCUGCAUUAAACGAAGUGGAUAGAAAUGUUGGGGAGCAGUUCAAAUCAACAUCCACAAAUGUUAGUCCUACUGGCACAGAUCUGAAAGUAACAAAUGCUAAUGAAAACGGGUAUAGCAGCGAUAUUGAGAUAAUUAAUGAUCACGACUAUGUGAUCAGAUCAACGAGAGUACCAUCAACAAAGAUGUCACCCGCUAAAAGCAUCAACUGGCAUUCCAAGAACUUAUCAGUGACAUGUGCAAGUUCUAGUCAUGCUUUGAACUCAUCUGGAAAUAUCACUAGAGAUGUAUAUGACUUAUCUGAUGACACUUCUGAUUGCUGUGAAGCUUCACCUUUCAAAAGAAGCAGAGGAAGAGGGUGUGAAAUAAACCAUGGAGGUCAAGGAAGAGGUCAAGUAUUGGACAGGCUUCAGAGUCAUUCAAAUGGACAAGAAAACAAUCAACAUCAAAAGAGACAAACGGCCGGAAUGAAAGGAAAUGCCAUCAAUAUCAACAUGACACCACAAUACAAACUAACUGUAUCAAGUAGUAAUUCACCUGACAAAAAGCCCCGGCUACAAUUAAUCCACAUUCAAGCUACCGGUAGUCCAGCAUCCUGCUCUAAGAAACCUCCAAAAUGUACCAGUUCAUCCCCUCUUAAAGGAGGUUGUGAAGUCCAAGAAGUAGAGACUGCAGAGAUGAUUUCUUCAGCUCCAGACAUGAACAGUGCCUGCACUAAACCUGUUACUCCUAUUCCAGCAGUGGUUAAGGAAGCUCAAGAAAUGUUAUGUCCAAACUGUGGAACAUGGUCUUCAACUGUAGAACAUUGCUCUUCCUGUGAUAUAAAUUUUAGUCAACAGUUGCCCAAGAAAUACCGUAAUAAAUGUGGUCACAUGGGAGUAUGUACGAGCAAAACAUGCCUUGUACACGAUAAAACAGCAUCGGCUGCAUGUACCUCUCUUCCAUUAAUAUACAUAGUAUCCAAAACAGACAAUGAACAAAUUGCGGUUAGUCAACAAAAAAUUAGGGAUAAUACCAGAUUGAAACUUACUAAACAUGUUGCAAGUCCACCUGGCAAUACAUCAAAGGGUCUACUUGCAACCAAUAUGUUCUACACAAGCCAAACUGCAGAUUGUACUUCACUCAUUAAACCUUCAAUGUCUGCCAAGAUUACUCCAAAGCCAAAAAGAAGACAAAGCAGGGGAAAGAUUACAGAACCAGUUGUGAUUUCAAUUGACAGUGAUAGUGGGGAAGAUGAUCCUCGUAGUUUGUCUACAAACAGUGUGACUGAGAUGACUACCAACAGUGCCAGAGUUACAUUACAGGAGUCAGAUGAAGGCAUCAAUGGACACACCUUAUCACGCAAGGCAAUGAUGAGAGACAAGUCAGGAAACUUAAUGGAGUACAGGCAAUGUAAAGGCCCAUCAGGAAUAGGUGCAUGUAAAGGGUCCAAUACUGCGUGUAGUGAUGUAAAGUCAAAGGGUCCCGUUGUUAACCUAGCUGCCAUAAUGCUACGGUUUGGAUCUCUGGGUGUUGAUGAGCCAACACAAGUCCAGUUUAGUAGUGACUGCUUUCAGUUCUUUCUUGGAGAAAUAUAUCCAGUUUCUAAGAUUGUCCUAGACACGAAGGACUUGUUGUUAUGUAACUACUACUUAAGUUCUGGAAUGCCAACCAUUUUUCUGGAAACCACUGGUCGUUUUGCAAAUAUGGUGAGAGAAAGACUGAGAAUGAUGCAGGGACAAGCUUUAUUUGAUCCAGGCAGUAAAGCCUAGUCGUCAGACUCACCC